AUGGAAGAUGGUGCAGUUACAGGAAAUGCUCUGAACCAUCUUAACCAUAAAGGAUUGAAACAUGGAAGAAGUAAUAGGCUAGAACCUAAUUUGGAUAGAAUAACCUUUGAGAGUGAAAAGUUUAAAGGGACACAGAGUGAAUCCUCGUCUAGAAGAAAUAGUGAUGAUGGCGGAAGAGCGAGACAGGAGGGUUUUAGACAAGAUGGAACAAGUUCGGAGCCACCAACCGCUUACAUCACGACUCACAACGCGUGGAAUGACCUGGGCAGCUCAACGUCCACUACUAGAACUGAACUCAGUUUAUCUGAUACUGUUGACGAAGAGGUUCACAGACGUCGAAGUCAAGACCUUACACUCCCAGGUACACCACUGCAUCCUCGAACCCCGUGGAAGUCAGCUGACAGCUUAGCGUGCGACACAGCUUUUGGAACACUGGCUAAUAUUAUUGAAAGUCCAGCUAAUAAGAGCGUCCCAUAUAUUGAGAGAUGCGAUAAAAAGAUGUGUCUACGAGAAUACCUUUCAAGGAACAGUCCAGAAAGGCCAAAACGCGGCUGGAAGUUAGUUAGAAACGUGACAUCAGCAGCUAGUGCUUUCAUACCGAAGUUCAAGGAAUCUGCUUUGCCCGGGACACCACUGCCUAACCACCAGCCCCAAACAGAGUACAAGAACACAGAGCAUGAAAAAAAUAACAAGCAAUCGCUUCCAAGUGGUCCAAACGAAAAAGAGAAUGUCGGCGAGACCAGUCUUGAUGGACUUGAUCCGGAUUCGCUGAUGUUCAGAGAUGGCAGGAGAAGAAUAGACAUGGUUUUGGCAUAUGAGGAAGAAGACUACGGCGUGAUGACGGAAGCCGAGGCCCGAAAACGAGAGCACAGGAGGACGUUUCAGGAAAACCUAAUAAAAGAAGGCCUGGAAUUGGAACUGGAAAACAAAUCCCUGUCUUUCGAUGGUAAGACCUGGUUCUUGAAGGUCCACAUUCCUUGGAAGACUGAGAUGAGGCUGGCUGAAGUUAUUGGAAUGAAAUUACCCACUAAACGGUUCAUCACCAUUUCUGUUAGAGCUUGGAGUGACGAUAAACUAGCUGAGAAAGACAAAAAGUUAUAUUCAAAAUGGCGUCAGAAAUGGAAACAGCUAUAUGAAUACGACCAUAGUAGAAUAGAACCUGAGCCCUCGUUCAUCACAUCCACGGAACGGCCUGGAGUUAGGAGGGACGAACAAUUCUUAGUUAAAGAUAGACACACACAAUUCUCACCGGCACAACGGAGCCUGCUUGUUAUGCAAAUAUUACUUCGAGCGCGAUAUGACAAUAAUGAAACCAAGAUGGGCAUACGACGGCUUUUAAACGAUGGGACGUAUCUCGCAUGUUUCCCUCUACACGAAGGCAGAUACAAUACGGAUAACCCGGAUAAAACACAGACAGAUAGACGGCUUCUUUAUUUGGAGUGGGCUCGUCCUGCCAAAUGGUAUAAAAAGCAGCCAUUGUGGUUAGUAAGGAGGUACUUCGGGGAGAAAAUAGCGUUAUACUUCUCCUGGCUCGGAUUUUAUACCAAGAUGUUAUAUGCGCCUGCGAUUGUUGGGACCCUUUGUUUUCUGUAUGGGCUGGCUAGUAUAGAUUCGGGUGAUAACAUACCUAGUAAAGAAAUCUGCGAUAUGUCAGGCCCCGGUAACAUUACACUAUGUCCGCUCUGUGACAAAGCGUGUCAGUACCAGAGUUUAUCCGACUCCUGUCUCUUCGCUCAACUAAGCUACCUUUUCGACAACCCCGCGACUGUGUUCUUUGCUAUAUUUAUGUCUUUUUGGGCAACAACAUUCUUGGAGUUAUGGAAAAGGAAACAGUCUGUUCUUCGGUGGGAGUGGGACUUGGGAGGUGUCGAUCAAGAUGAAGACAUCCGACCAGAGUUCGAAACCUCGGUAAAAACGUUCCGCACAAACCCGGUCACGCGUGAGAAAGAGCCCUUUCUAGCACCCUGGCAAAAGACGAUGCGAUACGUCGCAACCAGCUCUGCUGUGCUGUUUAUGAUAACGGUUGUAAUGGGCGCAGUAUUAGGAACAAUAAUCUACAGGAUUUCGAUGGUGUCUGUUAUCUAUGGUGGUAGCGGGUUCUUUCUCAAAAAACACGCGAAAAUCUUCACCGCCAUGACGGCAGCGUUGAUCAACUUGUCAAUUAUUAUGAUUUUGACAAGGAUUUACGCGAAAAUAGCAGUAUAUUUAACUAAUAUUGAAAAUCCGCGGACACACACGGAGUAUGAGGAUUCAUAUACGUUUAAAAUCUUCUUUUUUGAAUUCAUAAAUUUUUAUUCAUCCCUCAUAUAUAUCGCAUUUUUUAAGGGCCGUUUCUACGACUACCCUGGCGAUGAUCAAGCCAGAAAAUCUGAGUUUUUCAAAUUAAAAGGUGACAUUUGUGACCCUGCUGGCUGUCUCUCUGAAUUAUGUAUACAAUUAGCAAUAAUCAUGAUUGGAAAGCAAUGUUUUAAUAAUUUCGUGGAGUUGGGUUAUCCCAAACUCCACAACUGGUGGCGGCAGAGGUCUCACAGAGCGGUGACCCGGGACCCCAGUAAGCCCCACAUGGCCUGGGAGCAGGACUACCACUUACAGGACCCUGGUAGACUUGCGCUCUUUGACGAGUACUUAGAAAUGAUACUUCAAUAUGGAUUCGUAACAUUGUUCGUAGCUGCAUUUCCCCUGGCACCUUUAUUCGCGUUACUGAAUAAUAUAGCUGAAAUUCGUUUGGACGCGUAUAAGAUGGUCACACAGGCGAGGCGCCCUUUAGCGGAGAGGGUGGAAGAUAUUGGUGCUUGGUACGGAAUUUUAAAAGGUAUCACAUACGCAGCAGUUGUUUCCAAUGCAUUUGUAAUAGCCUACACAAGUGACUUUAUACCUAGGAUGGUAUAUAAGUAUGUAUACUCGCCAGAUAAUACCCUGUCUGGCUAUAUCGACCAUUCAUUGUCAUUAUUCAACACAUCAGACUAUCGCGAAGAUUGGGGUGCAGACGAGAACGAAAUUGAUCCGCCAACGUGUGCAUAUAGGGGAUAUCGUAACCCCCCCAAUCAUAAGGACCCCUAUGGUCUAUCCCCCCACUAUUGGCAUGUAUUCGCCGCUAGACUUGCAUUUGUUGUUGUUUUUGAGCACGUCGUAUUUGGCCUAACCGGUUUGAUGCAGCUGUUUAUACCAGAUAUACCCACAGAACUGAAGACGCAGAUACAAAGGGAAGCUUUGUUGGCCAAGGAGGCUAAAUACGAACACGGGAGACGAAGGCUUAGUACUGAAUAUAGGCAGCUUAUCAAUCCGAAAGGAGAAAAUUCGGAACGCCAAGGUCCUUGGAUGAGACGCACUUCCCGCGCUUCAGACGGCCUUGACGCGCACGUUGCGGUCUCACAACGCCCGUCUUCACCACAGAUAACAGACUGA